CAUUGCAGUGACAUCUUUUCCUUUAGCCUACGAACUAGUUAAGUUGAGAGAUAUAAUAUCAGUAUUUGAAAGCAUGGCCAGCUUGAAGGUUGCAUGCAUGGUUGUGAUGUGCAUGGCUGUGGUGGGUGCACCGAUGAUGGUGCAGGGCAUUACAUGCAACGAAGUGACAACAUACAUGUCACCGUGCCUAUCUUACCUAACCAAUGGUGGAGAGGUUUCAGAUGCGUGCUGCGGAGGAGUUAGGACCAUUCUGGGAGCUGCUGGAACAACCUCUGAAAAACAAACUGUCUGCAACUGUCUUAAGGAAGAUGCUAAUAACUUCGGCAUCAACGAUGAUUACGCUCAGGCACUCCCCACUCGCUGCGGUGUCAGCGUUCCUUACAAGAUCAGCCGCUCCACCAACUGUGAAAACAUCAGGUUCUGAAAGGAUUGGUUAGCUUCUCUUAUUUCGGGAUCUAUAGUGAGGAGGCAUCAGUGUAAACCUUAUUACGAAAAUAAGAGAAUGUGAAUGAGUGUGUGUGAUUCUCGACCCUGUUGUUCUAUUUCUAUGUUUUUCAUGAGA